AUGGCUGCCGCGCAGUCGCCCCAACCUCAGCCGCAACCUCACAUGCCACGGGGUCGAGUACGCAUUUCGGAUAUGCAGACCAUUUCGCAACGGCAAAUACCACACACAGAAAACAUCAACUUUAAUCAGCCGUUGGGCCAUCCAUUUCCAUAUCUCUAUGGCGAUGUCCCGCCGCUAUCCGCUCCCAGCUCCACGAUUCACACGCACAUACCGCUACUUCGUGAGCAAAGCAGUACGGCGGCUGUACCCAUUGAGGGCCAAAUACAGGACUCCGUUGUCUAUGGCAACUGGAAGCCGGAGCAUCCGCAGCAUCCCGACGAAAGCGCCGCAUCGAUUGAACGCGACUAUGGUCGCUUGGAGGCCAUACUAAUGGGCGUCCAUGUGCCACCGGAAGUGGCUAAACCAUUAAGCGAGGAACAGCCUGCUGUGAUCAAUAGUUACUACUCUCCCCACGCGCCUCGCGAUAGCUUUGAAUACUCACAAGAGAAACAUGGCCGCAGACGUAUUCCAACAGCCAAGCCCACCAUCAUAAACACGGAACCAAUACAGUCGGCUGAAGUUGUCAGAAUGAACUCCACGGAUCCGAAGCUAAAGGCCGUGGCUAAGCAAAUAAAUGAAUCGAUUGAAACGACUACACCAAUGCGUUCAUCUACAACCGAUGCUAACUGGGUGCCCAUACCAUAUCCACCUCACAGCUAUGAGGUUACAGGACCAGUCCCAAGUAUCAGCAGCCCAUCACGAGCAACAACAGCCUUGUCAACCUCUACAUCCUUGCUGCCCACCACAGACGAAGAGGAGGCCACCACAAUUGCUCUCAAUUGGCCAUCCGAUUUCCUAGACACAUCCAGCCCAAAGCCCGAACUCAUGGAUAGGAUAGACGACGUAAGCCUUGUGGAUCAAAACGAUGACUAUAAAUACUUUGAGGACACCUUGAACUCCGCCCAAAUGCACAGCGAGCUGAGCAUACCCGAAAGGGUACCACAGCUACCCCUGAAUAUCACUCGUGUGGGUGUACCCUAUGAGGAUCAGAAUGCAGCUGAUGAGCCAACUAUAUGUGUGCCACUGACUGUGACUGAGACAUCGUUGACGGAUAAUGCUGCACCCGUAUUGGUCGAAGUUGAGCGUGUCUACUGCUUUCCAUUGCCCAAAGUCGAGGUUAAGACAGGCAAUGUUUCGAUUAGACAGUUGGAGGAUCUCGAAACAAAUCUGAAUGCAACGGUGGAAACGCUGCCAACCGAUCUUCCCAGUGCGACGGCAGAUGCCUCUCAAAACACCAUCAGCCACAUGCUUGUGCUCGCUGCCUUUUACAGCUGGGUCGUAGCUAGAAUUUGA